CCAGUCCCGGCCGACGUGGGCGGCCCCGCCUGCCCCGCCGCUCCCCGCGCCUCGGGUCCCCGCGCCCACACCGGUAACCGGGCGGGACGCGGCCUUCCCGGCACCGGCGGCUGGAGCCUCGGGAGCCGCUGCCCGAGGGAGGGACCUUCAGCCGCGGUGCCUGAGGCGGCUGCUGACCUGGCAGCCUGCGCGGCCCGGCCCGCCCAGCGCGGAGCUCUGCGGGGGCUGCGGUUCGUAGGAAGCUUGUGCUAAGAAAUAAAAUAAAAAGAACAAAAUGACAUUAAGGAAAGUGAACAUUUCCAUCCUUAUAGUGGCUGUUGUCAUAUUUUUGCUAGUUCUUCAUCAUAAUUUCCUAGGCCUCAGUGACUUCUUGAAACGGGAAUUGUCAGAUUCAAACCCGUUAGGACUUCAGCCGAUAGAUUUCAUACCUGCAGUUCCCCAGAGGCUGGCAGAUGCAAGGAAUGAUAAGGAGAUCUCUGUGGUCAUUGCAGCAUCAGAUGAGAGGCUUGGGGGUGCCAUUGCAGCCAUGAACAGUAUUUACCGUCACACCAGAUCCAACGUGGUUUUCUACAUUGUUACUUUGAAUGAUACUGUGGAUCACUUGAGGCUGUGGCUGAGUAACACUGCUCUGAAAAACUUGAGAUACCGAAUUUUGGAUUUUGAUCCUCGUGUCUUAGAAGGGAAAGUACAAGUGGAUCCUCAAAAGGCAGACACUUUAAAACCAUUAACCUUUGCAAGAUUCUACUUGCCCAGCUUGGUCCCUCAUGCAGAGAAGGCCAUCUAUGUGGAUGAUGAUGUAAUAGUGCAAGAUGAUAUUCUUGAACUUUACAACACUCCAUUGAAACCUGGACAUGCAGCUGCAUUUUCAGAUGAUUGUGACUCAACCACUAAUAAAGUUGCUGUCCGUGGAGCAGGCAAUCAGUAUAAUUACAUUGGGUUUCUAGAUUACAAAAAAGAAACCAUCCGAAAGCUUGCCAUGAAAGCCAACACCUGCUCUUUCAAUCCAGGAGUUUUUGUUGCCAAUUUGACAGAGUGGAAAUUACAGAACAUCACUAAGCAACUGGAGAAGUGGAUGACACUCAACGUAGAAGAGGAACUUUACAGUAGGACUCUGGCUGGCAGCAUCACAACACCUCCACUGCUGAUUGUAUUUUACAAGCAACAUUCCAGUAUUGACCCCAUGUGGAAUGUCCGGCAUCUUGGGUCUAGUGCUGGUAAAAGGUACUCUCCUCAGUUUGUGAAAGCUGCCAAGCUGCUCCAUUGGAAUGGACAUUUCAAACCCUGGGGAAGAACAGCUUCAUAUGCUGAAGUCUGGGAGAAGUGGUACAUCCCUGACCCAACCGGCAAGUUCAGCCUGAUCCGCAGACAUUCAGAAGCCUAUGAAGCAAAGUAGAGCCAAUUUUAGUAACUGAUGGCAUUUUCUCAGGAAACUUCUGGAGCCAAGCAGAGCUGUUUUUAGUCAACUUGUAUUACAGAGCAGUCUUUGCCUUCAGGAGCACUUGGGUGCAGUUCUGAAAGGUGCAGGUCCAAAGGAGACUCACUUCAUUUGUGUGUGACAUACGACGCUGCUCCAGCAGCACUACAGAAAGGAGGAUCUCCAUGAACUGGCACUUCUGUUAGUUCAUUUCUGUCUGUUGUACAUUCCCCUGCUGUUUACCACAAGUUUUCUAGAGGAUCAUUUGGUCAGCUACAGAAAGAAACUAUUUCUAAGAACGAGAUACAACUUCAUCUGGUGCUUGCACCAUGCAAAACCUGCACAGUGAUGUACUGUAUGUAAUUAAGAGCUGCUUAGGUUUUGUUCUGGUUUGGUUUUUCUCAUCCUGUGAAAUAGUUUCAUCCACAGUUCUUUCUUGCAUGAAAUCUCUUCCCAGACAUUUCAGUGUAAGCCUUUCUUGCAGAAUUCUGCAAAAGUGAAUCUUGUUUUUGAAAUAUGAAUUUUUCAAGUAUUAUUUCACUAUGCAAAGUGGUUUUAACUGCCAGUGAACACUACAACUUUUGUAAAAUGGUGGAGAAAACUGUUCAAAAUAAAUGCUAAUUUAACAUAUUGACUCAAAGCUCAGGUAAACAGCAAUCUGAUUCCAGUCUUGAUCUGAUACAUGGGAGUGUGUUGUUUCCUCUGUACUUAAAUACAGUAGCAAGUGAUUGAAACCGAAGUCAGUUGAUCUCAUCUUUGUAAAAGCAAUCUCAUUCUAAAAUUGUGCACAUUUGUUUUGGGCAUCGGGCUGUAUGAAUUACAGAUUAAUUUUGUUAAGUUCCUUAUAGCUCUUUCAAGCGAGCAGGGCUCUGCUAUAGAAGUUUGUCCACUGUGCCUUUCUCAGUCUGACCCUUCAAACUCAGCAAGCAAGAUUCCUGUGCCAUUUUGCAGCCAGAUGCCCAUCACCUUUUAUACAGGUAUGUUUUCUGGGGUUUCUUUGUUUUUUUUUUUUUUUUUUUUAUAGCUGUACUGUGAAGUUUGAGUACUGGCUAUUAUUCAGUAAUCCUGCUUGUGAACAGUCCUCAGUAGAUGUUUGGAGAAGAGGCUUUGUGUUAAUGCAGUGACAGGCCCAGCGUUGCACGGUCCGAGAUGCAGGGCAGCAGAGCUCAAGGGUGUGUUCAUGCGUAUGGAUAUAGUUUUAUACUCUUUAGAAGGAUUUCCAACUGCUUGACUCAUGGAAAUCACUGCCUAUGGUUCUGUUUCUGUCAUGGAUGCUGAUCUAUGGUUUGUUACCUAUCAUUUCUUUUCCUGGGUUUUGAUGAACAGGAACCAUUCUUUGUCCUUUAAGUGGUGGGAGUAAUGAACUGAGUUCAGUUACCAAGCUUUGAAACAUUGUACUAGGGUAACUGACACCAGCUUAAUUCUGAUGACCAGGAUGUUUUAGCAGGCUUAAAUAAACUGCAUGUGACUGUC